AUGACGCGACGCUUGAGUCUCCUGCUCGCUGCACUGGCUGCUCUCAUGCUCUCAGGCAUGCUCUCAGAUCUGCUCUCAUCCUCUCAGGUGUGCGCUUUCGCCUCUGCGCCCAUGGCUGCUGCUGUUCGUCUGCCAGAUGCGAGCAAGGCAGCCGACCGUAACCUGUUCCACUCCUCACUCCGUUUCCUCUCCUCGCCCCGUUUUCCUGUCAUCUUCCGCGUUUCCUCUCCUCGCCCCGUUGUGCUCUCCUCGCCCCGUUUUCCUCUCCUCUCCCCGUUUUCCUCUCCUCGCCCCGUUUUCCUCUCCUCGCCCCGUUUUCCUCUCCUCGCCCCGUUUUCCUCUCCUCUCUGCCUCUCCUCUCCCUCGCUGGUCCCUGCGAAUAACACGUGGAACAGAUUCGUGUGUGCAGAGGAAGUGUGGCGCCAAUUCGAUCUCAAUGGCAAGUGCAUCAAGGACAGUGCUGGAGUAGCGUCCUGUGUGUGCGAUACUGGCUUUGUGCUGCAGACUGAUGGCAUCACAUGCACCGGUAUUUGCCAUGCCUUGUCCCAUGUUGCCAUUGCCAUGCUCCUUGUGCUAUGCCCUGUGCUUUGCCCUGUGCUGUGUCUUGUGCUAUGCUGGCUAUGUCAUGUGCAACAGCAUGGAAUCUCAAUUGCCCUGACCCCUUUCCCCCUUCGCUCAGACACGUGCGUGCUCAAGGCGUGUGGAGGCAACACCGCGUGCUUCAAGGACAGUACUGGAGUGGCUUCCUGCAUUUGUCGCACUGGCUUUGUGCUGCAGGCUGACAACAGGACGUGCACUGACACAUGCAUGCUCAAGGCCUGUGGUGUGAACGGCCGGUGCGUCAAGGACACUGCUGGAGCGGCGUCCUGUGUGUGUGACACUGGCUUUGUGCUGCAGGUGGAUGGCACGACGUGCACUGAUACCUGUGUCAUCAAGGGCUGCAACGAUGUGGUUACCGAUUGUGUGAAGGACGCUGCAGGCGCCGCCUCCUGUGUCUGCAAGACGGGCUACCAGAACGUAUCGGGCACGUGCAUGGGACCUGCCUCGUGCGGGGCGUGCCCCCCAGGAGCUAGCUGCACUCUCGUUCCGUACAGCAAAGCCGCCUACUGCCUCUGCCCUCCAGGCUAUGGCAUGAACGCUGCCGGUUGCGUUCAAGGUGGGUGGCAUUACCGCCCCUCUCCCCUUAUCCCCCACCACGCCCCCAAGCAGGCCUUUCUCCCCCCAGCCUCCCGUCUCCCUGCCCUUAGUACCGCCGCGCUCUGCCCGUGCGUCACCCUUGCCCACUUCAUACCACCUCCCCCUUCUCCCCCCCCCCCGGCUUCUCCCUAUCAUCACCCGCAUGUUCCCCCACUCCCCUGUCCACAACGUCCCUCCACCCCCCUUCCUGCUUUCCCCACUCCCACUCUGCCCCCCACACCUCUACGAGCCGUACUUCCCCCUCCAGCCUCCCUUUCCCCCCCCAGCUACUUCCGCAUCCAGCCCACCUACCCCAGCCUCCCUCUACCUCUCCCUAACUCCACACCGCCGUUCCUACCCCCAGCCAAGGUCUACACCCCUUGCUUUUGCUCCCUGGGCUGUGCCGUCCCCAACCUCCCUCCGCCUUUCCGCGGCACCAGACCGCCUCUCCCUCCCCCAGCCAACUUUUGCACCCCCUGUUCCUGCCCCUUGUGCCCUCCAACACCCUACCUCAACCCCCCCCAGUCUCCCCCUUCUCCAACACCCUCCAUAUUUCCUCCCCCCUGGGGCUCGCCCAUCCGCAGCUAUCACCCUUCAUCGAUUCCCCAAUUCCCUCUGUCCCCUGUUUCCCGGCCCCGCAUCCUAUCCUGCAUUUACCACAGCACCUCCUUUCGGUGCCCUCUCUGCCCUCCCACGUUCUCACCCCCCGCCUCCCAACCUUCUCAUUACCCGCUACCAGGCUCACGCCAACUCGACUACCCACUACCCUUUGCCCCUUCCUCUCUGUUCCCCACCCUUCCUUUCCCACCUGGCUCCACCUGCCCACCCCCACCUCCCGUGGAAUUCUGCCCUGCCCUCCCCACCUCUGGCCCACCACCUGUCCCCACACCCUGCUCACCCACCGCUACACCACCCCCGCCCCCCCACCUCCACUACAGCCCGCCAACACUUCCCCUCUCAAUCGGCCCCCAGCCCGCCCCCCCCUUGGGCCCCAAUCCCCUCCAACUGUCAGGCCCCCUCUACCCUCUCUUCCACCCACUGCGCACCGCUUUCCCCACCCUUUUCCCCUUUCCCCAAGCUAACCCCCCGCACCCCGGCCUCUGCCAGGGAGUUCCUUCCCCCUUUGACGCCCUCUUGAGCCAACCCCAGCAACUCACACCGCCACCGCCAGGCAUGCUGCCUCUAGCCAGGGGGGAACUUGCAGCUGACACUGCACGGGAAGGGGUAAGUGAGUUUGUGUGUGAAGGAGCAGCAGAGGCUACAGAGGAUGGGGCAGCAAAGGCUGCACGGGAAGGGGCAAUGGGGGUUGUGGGGGAAGGGGCAGCAGAGGCUGCAGAGGAAAGGGCAGCAGAGGCUGCAAGGGAAGGGGCAGCAGCGGCUGCACGGGAAAGGGCGGCAGGGGCUGCACGGGAAGGGGCGGCAGGGACCGUGACUCUGGCCAGGCAAAGGGCAGAGGCCAUGGAGACAGGUUUUGCAGGAGUAGGGGCCACGGAACCUGCUGCUGUGUCGGCUGGGGGAACCGCAGCAGAGGAGGCUAUAGGGACCGCACCAGUCGAGGCUGCAAGGACUGCAGCAGGAGCGACAGAGGCCACAGCGGGGGCUGGUAUAGGGGGAGGUGCUACGGGUGCAGCGGGGAAGGGGGUAACGGGGACUGGUGCGAGGGAGAGUGCCGCCCCGGCUGUAGCAAGAGAGGGUACGGCAGGGGCCUCAAAGGCAGAAGGUGAGGCUGCAGCUGAAGCAGCAGGGAGGGCCAUAGCACGGCCAGUAGGGGCGGCAGGGGCCGCAGCAAACUCGGGGAAACACACAGCAGGGCCGGCAGGGCCGGCAGAGACUGCAAAAGGGGCUAGCAGUAAAGCGGCAGCAGGCGGGGUGGGCUUGGGGGACAUAGGGGCAACAGGGGAAGGAGAGGGGAGGGUGGUCCCGACCGGGGUGGGCACUGAAGAGGGGGAUGUGAUAGCGAUAGAGGAGGAUGAGGGAGAGGAUGUGAUGCACAUUGACGGGCCACUGGCCCAAUACCUCACGCUUGACGGUGAGGCCGACCCGGCCCCCCUGCAGCCUCACGUCGAGGUUCCCCCUCUACCCCCCAUGCCCGUCCCCAUGCUAGCAGAAGGACCGAUGGAGGGGCUGGGGGAGACCUUGAGGACAGAGCCGCGCGAGGGAGCCCCCAUCCUCACCUCCCGUCCUCCAGCCCACCAGCCCCCAGGAGCACCACUUCCCCACCCCCACCCUCAGGUCCCGGUAGUGUCCAGGGGGGCAGCCAAGGCCCUGGCCUUCUUGGCGGAGCCGUGCUCCCCGACCCCCACGCUGCUCCAUGGCCAGCCCCCCUCUCCGUCCCCAACGCCUGACCCCACGGUUGCAGGCGGUCCACCGGGAGAGCACGCGGCACACCUCUGCCCCCACCCUCAGGGGCUCCUUAGAGCACCACGUGGAGCAGCCAGGGCUCUGGUCUUCCUAGAGGAGCCAUGCUCCCCGACUCCUACCAACACCCAGCCACCCCUUACCGGCCCACUACCCCCUCCUCCACCAGGCCCCCCCCCCACCCGUCGCCGCACAGCCCCAACACGCCCACCCAACAGGCUGCCCUCCCCACACCACCCCCCCCAGGCAGCCGAGACCCACCCGCAAGGGCUUGCGCCCCAGGCUCAUGGGAGCGGCGGCACCCGGGUAGAGGGGCCCACAGGAGAGGCCACCACAGAGCCCACACAAAUCUCUCUCCCCCCACCGUUUGUACCUCGCUCUAACCUCCACACUGGCCCAGCCCCUCGACCCCCACCUCCAACCCCCUCUCCCGGCCGGGUUCCCCACGAGUGGCCCCGUUGGGCAGCCAUCACCCCCCACACACAGCUUGCCCGAUCUGUUCCCACGGAGGGGGAUGUUUCGAGGAGAGUGGGGAUGCACACAGAGCACCCCCUGCCUGGCGAACCACCCAUCCUCCCUCCACCCACCCCUUUGGCCCCACAGCCCCCCCUUCCUUCACAAACAGGCGCGGACAACCAGGUUGGCCGCCGGCGGAAGAACAGGGGCAGAGGAGGCAGAGGGUCAGCCCACGUACUCCCCCCUCCCUCCCUCCCCCACCAAGAGCCCCUCCCCACCUCACAUCCCGUUGAACAAUUACCAGGCCCUACCUCUACAGCCCGUCCACCAAACCUACACUCCCGCCCCGCUCCUGCACCUCCACAGGGCCAUGGGAGCGGACCAGCCCACUCACCCCCAUUCUGCCCCUCCCGUGCUGUGUCCCCCUCCCAGGUGGCGGCGGCCGCGAUCGCUACUGGGAGGGGGGCCGUCGGGUUGAGGGAUGCGCCCAUGGCAGACGCCACCGACUCCCCCUCCCAUCCCUCCCACCCCUUCCAUGUCGACGACCCCCUACCGCAACCCAUGGUGAUUGGGGAGGGCCAAGGGGGCCUUCUAGGGCAGGGUCCACACCCGAGCUCCGCUCAGCCAGCACGCCCCACUCCACCCUCUACCCUGCCAGCCCUCCUACUCUCACCUACAGGCAGGCAGGUCUUCGAGACCCCAGAGGAGGUGAGGGCUGGCAUUUCAGAUUUGCUGGCGAUACACCGCCUGAGCAGCUCUCCGGCUGCCCCCACCCUUCCAGUCCCACAGGACCGGACCCGGACGUAUGCGGAGGUCACCCGGUCUGUCCCUUCUUUUAUCCCCCCCGCCACUCAGCCAGGCGCGUCACUCCCGACCCCAAUGGAGACGGACCGGGGUCUGAGGCCGUGUCACUCGCACCUAGACGGGGUGGCGCCUCCCCCCGUUCAGCCCGUGGCGCAGGAGGUCACCAGCAGUAGGGAUGAGGCAUCCGCCCCUACCGAGACCCCUCCGCCUGGGGUAGCAGAGCCGUCACUUGAACCGCACCCCGCCGAGGGGCAGGAGCACACCACGGCACACACUUCAGGCUCACCUCCACGUCCCCCCUCCCCAGCUUCAACACCGGUGCCGGCACGAGGCCCGGCCCUAUCCUGUGCGACACCACCUCUAUCUUCGCUGACACCCCCCCCGCGCGGGGCUGGUGAGUCGUCUCCUCCCCUCAUCCCAGGCGAUCCUGUCGGAGCUCAGGCCGCCCACGGGGUCCCCUCUACAGCCAGUUCCGACGCCACGGCCCCGAUUGACCCCGCCGACACGGCGACAUCACCCGACCAGGUCGUGAGUUGCCCCACCUGCAGGAGCUCUCUCGCGAACCGACGCGCGCUCCAGCACCACAUUCCCUUCUGCCAUCCUGCGGACGCGGCUCGCAGGGCGCAGGCUGCCCAUGAUACCGCCUCGAUCAUCCCUUCCCUCUCACAGCCCCGUGCGACCGGGAUGCAGUUCACCGACGCACAGUGGCAGACGCUCGACUCGGUGGACUGGACAGAGUACUUCUCGCCCGAGCGUAUCCAUACACGCCCUCUCCGACGUGUCCCGGAGAGGGUCCGCGGAGGAUAUCUUGACGUCCUCAGUGCGAUCCUAGUCCGCAUUGCCCAGGACCCGGAGGCUGCUGGCCCUACCUUCCUCCUCGCUGCAGCGCCGACUCUUUUCCUUGUUCCAGCGACGCCACCCGACCGCUCGCACACGGCUGCCAUUGCAACGCGCAUCUCUCGCUUUGGUCGAGGUGAGUGGGCUGAGCUAGUCUCAGAUGCACUAGGCCGUCGCACACCCCUUCCUCGCCGCACAGGUCACCGGUCACGCACCGCCACCGAUCCCUCUGCAGCAGAUGAGCGCCGCAUUGCACGUUGCCUUCGUCUGGCAGCGUGCAAUGAGACCUCACGGGCGUGCGCGGCUCUCGAGUCCGCGGAGGCAGCCCCAGAUACACAGGGGACGAUACAGCGCCUGCAGUCGAAGCACCCCAACGCGGAGAGGCCGACCCCAGCUUGGCUGUCUGGCUUCCAGGGGUCCCCUCUCGUGCUCUCGGUGGAUCACUUACGCCGCGCGAUUUUCACAGCUCCGCGGGGCUCUUCGGGAGGACCGUCCGGUUGGGUCGCUGAGCACCUGCGAGACACUUUCCUAGCUUUCCCUCAGAGUCUCCAUUUCCUCCUGGCCGUGUACCAGCAGUGGCUCCGAGGCCGUUGCGCUCCAGCUGCGCGCUCCUUGCUAGCGUCCUCCACCCUCGUGGCUCUGGCGAAGUCGAACAUGGAUGUUCGGCCGAUUGCCAUCGGCGAGGUUUUGGUCCGCAUUCUUUCUCGGGCAGUUUGUCUCCAGCUACGUGACCAGAUGGCGAGGGUCUUCUUGGCAUCACAGCAGUUUGGGGUGGGGGUUACGUGCGGGACAGAGGUCGUAGUUAGAGGCGUCCGCCGCGCUCUGGCUGACCACCCAGACUGGGUGGUCCUGCAGCUAGACGUGGCGAAUGCCUUUAACUCUUUCCACCGAGACAGGAUGUUUCAGGCGCUGCAGGCCAGUCCGGAGUUUCAGUGUCUGAUCCCCUUCAUCGGCCUCUUCUACGGGACGCCCUCGGAUCUCCACUACAGGUCAGGCACGGGAGUGGUCACGAUGCACUCGGAGCGGGGCACUCGCCAGGGAGACCCUCUCAGCCCCUUCUUGUACGCUCUGACACAGCGUCUUGCUUUGGAGCCGGUUCUGGCGGAGGGGGAUGUCCAGCUCUGGUCGUACGCCGAUGACACGUACGUGCUAGGUCCCCCAGACAGGGUGCUGCACCAUUUUGCCGAGAUCGUGAGGCGCUUGGGCGAGAUGGGCCUUGCAGCCCAGCCGCACAAGUGCCUCGUCUACCAGACAGAGUCCUUUCUGUCCAGGGAUCUGGAGGCUUUCACGGGCCUAGGGAUCGAGGUCGCACGCCGAGGGCUCACCGUGACAGGCGUACCGGUAGGCACCGUUUCGUUCGUGGAGCAGAGUCUCCCGGAUCGUCUCGAGAGGAUGGGGCGGGUGCUACCUUGGCUUCCGAGGUUGCGCCAGCCCCAGACAGCUGCCCGCCUUCUUUCGGCGUGUGUCAGCACUCGUCCGCAGUACCUGUCGAGGACCGUCCCUCCUUCGCCCGCAGUGAUCUCCAGUUUUACACGGUGGGACGCACGCCUGGGAGAGACUUUUCAGCAGCUUUUAGCUUCAGGGACCUGGGCUUGUCGCGAGGACGUCCGAGAGGCCGCCCUAGACCAGAUCUUCCUCCCCAUCCGUCUCGGGGGUUUCGGCAUUCGUCGCAUGGCGCGCAUGGCCCCGGUGAGUUUCGUGUGCUCCUGGGUGCAGUGUGCACCCAUUCUCUGUUCUCUCCCUGCGUGUGGCGAGGUGUUUCGGCAGAGCUUCGCUUCAGGUGAGCCAGAGCAGAUCGACCGGGCUCUGCAGACGGCGCUAGAGGGUCUCCCUCCUGACGUUCUCUCUCUCCUUCCCCCCUGGCCCUCUUGCGCUUCUGCCUCCCCCGAUUCCCUUUUUGCAGGAGCGAGCCGUCUUCUGGAGGCGCAUGCCUUGGAGGCCGUGCGUGCCCGUCACACCUCUCCCUUGCACCUUGCCCGUUUGACUUCCCUUCAGGGCGGAGGUGCAGGAGCGUGGUUGACGUCGGUGCCGUACGCCGACCCACUGCGCAUCCCGGAGGCGCUGUGGCAGGCGGCUUCAUCUUCUCGUCUUGGUCUCCCUAUCCCCCAGUUAGCCCUUGCAGGUCAGUGCUCCUGCGGACAGGCGAUUGACGACAUGACGGUGCCUCAUCACGCGGUUCGGUGCCCGCGUUACGGGGUCGCCACUACCAUCCACGACACGGUGAAGUACAUGCUUCGAGACUUUGCGGUCGAGGCGGGCUUCGCGGUAAAGGUGGAGGACUCUACGCUGUUCACACAGUUGGAGGCGGCUCGAGCGAGACUACUGGGACAGCCAGUGGUGGGAGAGGGGACACGGGCUGAGGGACCGGGGGAGCGGAGAGGCGAGGCGGGACAGCCGGGUGGCGGGGGACAGUGGGGACGGCACCAGCUGCGGGGUCAGGUGGAGCGAGGGACAGGUGGGCAGAGGGGACGGCAGGGGGAGCAGACGGGCCAGGACGGGGAGGGGGGACGGCACAGGCAGCAGCAGGAGAGCCAGUGGAGGCCGCGGGCCCAGGGCGCCGCGCCUCCAGGUUCGGCCUCGGGGGCGGGGCAGGGGCGGGAGCAGCAGAGAGCGGACGGAGGUACAGGAGGGGCAGCGGGAUUGGGAGGGGAGGGCCAGGGAGUGAGAGAGGCAGCAGGGGAUGGAGCAGGGGGGUCGGGAGGUUUGGGGGAGGGUAGGGAGGGGGAGGGGAGAGGACAGGUGGAUGGAGGAGAGGAGAGGGGGAGAGAGACGAUCGGAGAGGGGGCACCAAGGGACCAGACAGGGCAGCAGCCAGCGCAACAGCAGGGACCAGUCGGACGCACAGGCCGUGUAGGCACCGCCUCCCGCAUUCCAGACCUCACCUGCCGCGACGUUGGCCAGGGUCUGAUGGUUCUUGUGGAUGUCUCCAUAGCGGAUCCACAGCGGGAGGGGAACGUGCAGCUGAGACGGGCGACCCCCACACAGAUUGGAGUGGCAGCAGCUAGGCGGGUGCAGGAGAAGCUGCGUCACUGGGGGCCGCACUUAGAGGGGCUGCAGCCGGCACCACACUUUUACGCGUGCGUGGCGGAGACCUUUGGCCUUCUGAGUGAGCCGCUGCGUCAGUUUCUGGGGCUCUGCGCAAAGAGGAUAGCACAGCGGAGGAGGGAUAGAGGUGGGGGGGAUGACGGAUCGGCACGGAUAUUUGAGGCAGGACUCACUACACGCCUCUCCGUUGCACUGCAGCGCGCGCAGGCUCAAUGCAUGAUCCAGCAUGCGGUGCGGCAGUUAGGGAGGUCCGACGACGGGUGGAUGCCCGCACCAGUCCCACUGGGCGCCACCCCGACCGUCUCCUCGACCAGCUUCUCCUACUACAUGCUCCCGAGCUUCGGCAUAACCCCCGCAGCCUACACGAUGCGCCUCGCAUACAACAGCUGCACCAACCUCACUGCCUCCUCUGCUCUAGACAUCAAGUCCUACUGCGACGUGGAGCGGGCGGUUGGGGGCGCGGGCGACUGCACUGAGAUCCGCCAGUACUACCAGCCGGGGUGUGUUGGAUCGUACAGCCUGUUUCCUGUCACGCCCGGGACCGCCUGUUUCUUGCCACGCCCGGGAGCGUCAUCAGCUCUGGGAGAAUUCUCAACUAUCCCGGGUACCCUUUCCGCUCCUUCGCCUGCUCUAUCACUGGUGAGCGCUUUUGUGUUGGUGGGUGCUGCUGUGUUGGUGCGUGCUGCAGGAUUGGACGUGUGCUGGUACGUGCGCUUGUACGUGCGCUGGUACGUGCGCUGGUACGUGCGCUGGUACGUGCGCUGGUACGUGCGCUGGUACGUGCGCUGGUACGUGCGCUGGUACGUGCGCUGGUACGUGCGCUGGUACGUGCGCUGGUACGUGCGCUGGUACGUGCGCUGGUACGUGCGCUGGUACGUGCGCUGGUACGUGCGCUGGUACGUGCGCUGGUACGUGCGCUGGUACGUGCGCUGGUACGUGCGCUGGUACGUGCGCUGGUACGUGCGCUGGUACGUGCGCUGGUACGUGCGCUGGUACGUGCGCUGGUACGUGCGCUGGUACGUGCGCUGGUACGUGCGCUGGUACGUGCGCUGGUACGUGUGCUGGUACGUGCGCUGGUACGUGCGCUGGUACGUGCGCUGGUACGUGCGCUGGUACGUGCGCUGGUACGUGCGCUGGUACGUGCGCUGGUACGUGCGCUGGUACGUGCGCUGGUACGUGCGCUGGUAUGUGCGCUGGUACGUGCGCUGGUACGUGCGCUGGUACGUGCGCUGGUACGUGCGCUGGUACGUGCGCUGGUACGUGCGCUGGUACGUGCGCUGGCAUGUGCUACUGUUCUGCCCUGCAGGGGCCACGUGCACUGUUGCUUUCGGCUUCAUUCCAUAUUGCAUCUGCCCUCCCGGCUAUGGCAUGACCAGCACUGGCUGCAUCAACGGCGCCACCCCCACUGUCUCCUCCACCAGCAUCACCUUCUACGAUCAGCCAAGCUACACCAUCACGCCCACCACCUUCACCAUGCGCCUCGAAUUCAACACCUGCACCACCAUCCCUGCUUCAGCUGCCUCUAAAGUCUGGUCCACUUGGCGGCUAGAUGGGGCUCCUGGAGGGGUGGGGGAGUGUGUGAGUUUGAACCAGUAUGAGCGGGAGGGGUGCGUUGGAACGUACACAUCGUCUCCCAGUGCUUCGGACGGAACCAGCAUGAUUGGCCUGGGUUUCACGUGA